ACCCCCUCCCGACAGCGAUGGCGAUGGCGGAGGGUUAUGGAGGAGUUGAAGGGGGCGGCACUCGCUCAAAGGCUGUCGUGCUGUCAGAGAAUGGCACCAUCUUGUCAGAGAUUUCAGGACCAUGCACCAAUCCCUGGCUGGUCGGGGAGGAGAAAUGCAUUGAAAUCAUUUACCAUUUGGUGCAAGAUGCCAAGGUUCAGAGCGGUUUAAACCCCAAAGUGCCUCUCAAGGUCCUGGGUAUGUCAUUGAGUGGUGUGGAACAGAAGGAAGCCAGUAGAAGGCUGAAGGGGCAUCUGAUAUCCCGAUACCCGAUGAUGGCCGAGCACAUCUUCAUCACCACAGACGCCAUUGGAGGGAUGGCAACUGCCAACAACACCGGAGGCAUUGUGCUGGUGGCCGGAACGGGCUCUAACUGUAAGCUGGUGAACUCCGACCUCUCGGUCAUUGGCUGCGGAGGGUGGGGGCACCUGAUUGGGGACGAGGGUUCAGCAUACUGGAUCGCACAGACUGGUAUCAAAUGCGUCAUCAACGGCCUGGAUAACUUCGAGUUGCCCCAGUACAGCUUCCGCAACCUGGAAAGAAAGAUAUACGAGUAUUUCCAGAUAUCGAAUCCCUUGGAUCUCCUUGAUCACUUUUAUCACAACUUUGACAAGUCUAAAAUUGCAGGAUUCUGUUACAAAAUGUCAGAAGUGGCGUACAACUCGGACCCCCUCGCUCGCCGAAUCUUCCGAGACGCUGGAAUGCAUCUGGCUCGGCACGUGGUUGCUGUGCUACCGAAAGUCGACAAGAAGCUGUUUAAGGCUGAGACUGGGCUCCCCAUUGUGUGCGUGGGGUCAGUGUGGAACAGCUGGGACCUGCUCCGGGAAGGAUUCCUGCAGGUAUUGUUGGAGGCUCAGAGAUCGUUUCCCAAGAACACCUACUUCAAGCUGAGCCUGAUGAAGCUGACGUGCACGGCGGCUCUGGGAGCUAUCAACCUGGGCGCCAAGGAGAUCGGCGUCCACAUUCCCAUCUCCUACACCAACAAUGUCAAUAUCUUCUACAUUCACAACUUCCUGACUCCCAAGAGCUGAUGGGGGAGUGUCCCCACUCCGCUCCCCACCACUAAAUCCCGCCAACUAUGCUUCCUUUGCUCGUGGGAAUCGUGUGCUUUUCUUUUAUCUUCACUCAACCCAAGCCAAUCCCAUUCCACCCACUCAUGCACACACACACAUGUCUUCUCUCUUCUUGUCCCCUUGAGUUGCUGCCCAGUCUCUAACUUGGGGUAUUUCCUAAAAGGAAACCUUCAGAAGGAGCCCAAGUUACCUGAUCAUGGGCCUGUCUCCCUCGGGGAGAUAUCUAUCCACUGACCAGGGUCUUUCAAUGGUUGAACGUAUGCACCGAGGCCCUCCAGUGGUGGAAAUGUAGUUCUGCAGGACAUCCCAUAGGAACAGGAGUUCAGCCACUCGAGCCUGUUCCGUCGUUCAAUAAGAUCAUGGCUGAUCGAUCUCAGCUCCAUUUACCCGCCUUUGCUCCAUAUCCCUUGAUACCCUGACGUAACAAGCAUCUAUCCACAUCAGUCUUGAAAAUGUGAAUGGAUUCAGCAUCCACAGCUUUUUGGGGGAAAGAGUUCCAGAUUUCUGGUGUACCCAUCUCAGCAACACCUCGUGUUAAUUUUAAUUUGUGUCUUUGCCCUGAGACGAAUCCCCUUCCCCCACAUACCAGAAACUUCGCUGGGGGUAGAUCUCACUCACUGAACGUCCACCGAUCGCAAAAUGUUAUUGGAAACGCUUCCCUGAUGUCCUGGCCACUGGGACGGAGAGAGAGAGAGGAUGUUUCAGAGGUUAUUCACAGUGCCUGUAAACUCAGACAUUGAUGGUAGUGCUGAGGGAGAUGGAGUAGACAACGACCCUGUUAGCGGAGGAGGCGCGGGAAGGAGUGGGGAGUGAAUAGAUCAGAGAGAUAGGGAGGUGUGAAGGGAUUUGUAGAUAAUUGUGGGGAUAUUGAAACCGAUCUGCGGGGGCCAGUGGAGCCUGGUGGUGAGUGGGGUGAAAGGGGUGUAGAGUUAGUGCGGGUGAGGAUGAGGGUGUCAGAGUUUGGGAUAGGCUGGGACUGGGUCUCGGAAACACUGAUUUGCUUUAAGACCCAUAGUCUGAAAUUCCUGAUGAUUUAACUAGGUGCAAUAUCAAACAAAAAUUAUUACUGUUAUUACUCCGCCUUCGCACUUCAACUCGCCUACUGCUUCUGGGACAGAAAGUCGCAGGUUCGAGCCGCUUUGCCUCCCACUCCCUCUCUUUCCCUCCCCCCAAUAAAAUUGAUCAUUUGCCUCAAGACUCGUGGGAUAUUGCUGCACGCAAACUUGCCGGAGUGUGUCUCAUGUUGUCAAGAAAUUCUUCAAAUUCCUUCUGAUCAGCAACUGUUCGAAUAAACAUGACAUUUUUUU